GUGUGGCGUCCGACCGGCAGUGAAACCGGAGGAGUCGCUCCAGCUGUCUUUAAACCUCCGAAACGAAGCGGCAUGGACUCGGAGUACAUAAAGAAGCAUGUGGGGCGGUGUCUGACUGAAGGACUGGCUGAAGUGGCCGAGCAGCGGCCCGCGGACCCCAUCCUGUACCUGGCGCACUGGCUCUACAAGUACGAGUCCAACCUGAAGCGCGAGGCGCAGAAAAAAGCCCACUUGGCCUUGUUGGAGGAGGAGCGAGCCAAAGCAAGAGAAGAAAUGCUGCACCAGGAGAAGCUGAAGCAGGAGGAAACGGUAAUCAGCAAAGCUCUGGAAGCAUCCGAAGAUGUAUGUUGCCUCACAAGAUACCUUGUGAUUGAUAGUUGA